AUGGGUCCACUACAUAGAAGACAUGCCCGAAAUGCAGAUGAAUAUCAGAGAAGCAAUGAGGUAUAUGGUAGGAUGAGAUCCUUAUUAAUGUUACUGAGGAUGUAUAUAGGGAAAUAUCCCCGAGUAGAUAUUAUACAUUAUAUUAACUGGGAUAGAACUAUUAUUAUUGAUAAUCUAUUUUAUACAAGACCUACUGAUAUCUGGCAGGUUAGAAAGGUUCUACGAGCAGCUAAACAGUUAAAAAUGAGGGUUCGGGCUACCGCAGUUGGUCAUUCUAGAUCACCACUGUACGUGGAUGAAGGUAACAUAAUGAUGGAUGUUCGAGACUUAAAUAGACACGAUGGACCAAGACUGCAACUUAAUCAGCCUAACCAGAUAAGAAAUUAUACCACGGUAACCGCAGUAACAGGAGUUAUUGAGAAGGAAUUGAAUGCAUUCAUGGUUAGCAACAAAGUUACAAUAUUAGCUCAACCUUUAAAUGAUGUCGAAUCACUGGGUGGAAUGGUUGCCGCUUCAACUCACGGUUCAACAUGGGAUGCACCGACAUACAGUGGAAUAGUUAGAGAUAUUAGAUUAAUGGACGGUGCUGGUAGACUGAGGAAGUUCAACUAUGAAAAUCACCCGGAUAUCAUGAAAGCUGCUAUCUGUAAUCUGGGAAUGUUCGGUAUCAUGUAUGAUAUCACGAUUGAGGUUCUUCCUAUUGUAAAAGCUAAAGUCAAAAAUGAGUUUGUUAAGCUAGAAGAUCUGAUUUACGACCAAAAUAAACUGCGUGAAACAGUCACCUCCAACUUCUUGACAGAGAUCUCAUGGUUUCCAUUUAAUUCAGUCACACCGGAAGAAGCUACAGAUUAUCAAGCCACUGGGACUAUCCCAGCAGCCUGGAAUGCAAAGAGAGAUCAGAUUUGGCUCAGAACAAUUAACAUUGUUAAUGAUACAGAGGUUGGUAACAAUGAAAUCAAACCUGCUACAUAUUUACCUACCAAUGGUUCUUUAUCUGGUGGCAGUGUCGAAGGAUUAUUACGAGGAAAGGCAGCUUUAGAUGUAGCCAAGAGCUUAGAACAAGUGACUUAUCAUUAUCUGGUAGAUGCUUUCCCGGUCAUAUUACCACCAAGACGUGGUAGUGAAACUAGUGCUGCAUUUAUGCUCAACAUCGAUAACCAGUUUAUACGACCAGCUACUGGCUUACAGUUCAUAAUAGAAUAUGCUGAAGGUCAAAUCAAAAGAAACGGAUCGACUCCAUUGAAUGCCUUAUUACCCCGAUUUUUUAAGAAUUAUGAAUGUGACCUGUGUCCGGGAAAUCAUGAGAUAAAGAUGCCUGAUGAUUCUGGUCGAACAUUGGUCAUAGAUUUCUUGGCACCACCAGCUCAGUAUGGUUUCUAUCCUGCUGCUAGAAAGUUUGUGGAGAGGUUUAGAAAUGAGAGUGUCAGACCACACUGGGCUAAACGUCAUGAUAAUAUACCAGGCAUUAUACAGAUAAUACAAAAUGUAUAUGGAGACAAUAUACACCAUUUCACACGGAUGAGGACACUGGCCAAUGUCGAUCCUGACGACAUGUUUAUGAACACUUAUUUAUUACAAAUAUUUGGUAGAAAUUUUGAAAAUAUGGCAGAAACUAUGACUACAACUGCUGCACCAUCAGGCUUUCCCAUUCCCAACAGAAAUCCCAGUUAA